CCUGUGGGUGAUGUUGGAUACUACCGCAGCUGAACCGUCCGAUCAGCCACGAUCGAUCUAAAGCCGUUUGAGAGCUGCACUUUGGAGACUUCACACCGGGUCAUGGCCAACAAGUCACCUCCGGGCUGGUUUGGAGCUUUUCUCUCUGCAGUCACUAUAGCCGUACUCGCGGGGAAUCCGGUCAGCGCUCAACAUUCUCAGGGCCGCUUUCGCCGUCCAACCAGAACCUCAGAGCCUCUUGUGAUACCACGCCAAGUUUCCCGGUAUUACCUGACCCCAGACCAGCUCAGGCGGCUGCACUUCAAACCCACCAUAGGUAGCAUCCAGCUGUCAGAGGGCCACGAAGCUAAAUUUAACUGCUCCAUCGAUAUCCCCGAUGCCAGACUGGAACCCAUCAUCAUCUGGAUGAAAAACGGUCAAGACCUGGCCGAAAAAAACCAGGUGGUGGUCAACGAGCUGCGCACCAUCACAGACGGGGUCACGACUCUCCUCUCCACCGUGAUCAUUAACCCUGUGCAGAGAGCGGAUGCUGGAGAGUAUCGCUGCAGACUGAGCAUCAGCAACAUGAUAGUUGAAUCUCUGCGAAUUGUAAUAGAGGUAGAAGGUCUACCAACAUUUCUCCAGCAACCAGAGGAUAAGAACGUAACAGGAAACACUCCGUUCACGCUAUCAUGUGAGGCAGUGGGACCUCCGGACCCGGUUCAGAUCCGCUGGCUUCGUGAUGGAUUACCUGACAGUGACUUUCAUAACUCUCCCAGCAGCUUCUCCGUGGCAGGUGUGGACAGAUACACUCAGUUCAGCUGUGAAGCUCACAACUCGAAGGGUGUCACCACAUCCAGAGAAGCAAAUGUCAACAUCAAAGUUCUUCCCAGUCCUGUGUCUGAUGUUACUGUUAAAGCGAGACAGUCUAAUAAGUUGACGUUGAGCUGGAGCCCUGGACACGAUGGCUUCUCUCCACUUACCAGAUGCCAUGUCAGGCUCAAGGAGGUGAGUCGGAGGAAGGGGGAGGUGAUGACCACCAGAUUCAUCAACGUCACGGCACCGCCUUUUUAUUGUGACAUCUCCGGGUUGCAGGCUAUGACGUGGUACAACCUGAGUGUUUCCUGCAGCAAUGAGGUGGGGGCCUCUCCUUUCAGCAUGUGGAUCCAGACCAACACCACAGAAGGAGUGCCAUCAGUGUAUCCCCGAAAUGUCACUGUACAGCUGAACGAGUCGUGGCUGGUGAUCAAGUGGAAGCCUCCUCCAGAUGACAAGAUAAAUGGCGUCCUACGGGGUUAUGAUAUCAUUAUCAGAUAUGGGACACAAGAGAAAAAGGUCCACAGUUACACCACCAUGGCCUUUGUGGCUGUGCAGGAAUUCAACACAACCUACAGUGUGGAGGUGGCUGCAUGCACGCAGGCAGGGAGCGGCAUGGUCAGCCCACGAGUCUCGUUCUUUGUGCCGGAAGACAAAUCAGGUGUGUUCCCAUCGAUCGGCCCUGACACCGGGCUUCCACACCCCGCCUAUGUUGUGCUGUCCGUGGCGUGUGCCGUCUGUUUUCUGCUGGCGAUCCUCUGGGCAGCUCUCUGUGUACGCAACAGGACGUCUGACUCCUGGUUUGGGCGGGUGUUUGGAGGUGGAGAAAAGCUGCCGUCUGUCGUGCAGUUCACACCACAGAAAUCCUACAACCGAUCAGCUAUAGGAAUCACACUUGGGAACCUUGGUAUUAGUGAUGAACUCCAGGCCAAACUUCAAGAUGUGAUGGUCAUGAGGAGCUUAUUGUCUGUAGGGAAAAUUCUUGGAGAGGGUGAAUUUGGCUCCGUGGUGGAGGGACAUUUAAGACGACCAGAAGGCACAUCAGAAAAAGUUGCUGUGAAGACAAUGAAACUGGACAGCUUCUCUCAAAGGGAGAUCGAAGAGUUCCUAAACGAAGCAGCCUGCAUGAAAGACUUCAACCAUCCUAAUGUCAUCAGACUGCUCGGUGUCUGCUUAGAAGUAGGCGCAGGACACUUUCCCAAACCCAUGGUCAUCCUGCCAUUCAUGAAAUACGGAGAUUUGCACAGCUUCCUGCUGCGCUCACGCCUCGGAGAGAGUCCAGUGUUCUUGCCCACUCAGACACUCCUGAAGUUUAUGGUCGACAUUGCUUUGGGCAUGGAGUAUCUCAGUGGUCGUAACUUUCUGCAUCGUGACCUGGCGGCACGUAACUGCAUGCUGCGCGAUGACAUGACAGUGUGUGUGGCAGACUUUGGGCUGUCCAAGAAGAUCUACAGUGGAGAUUAUUACAGGCAGGGCAGAAUAGCCAAAAUGCCUGUAAAAUGGAUUGCAGUAGAGAGUCUGGCAGACAGAGUUUUUACUGUAAAGAGUGAUGUGUGGGCAUUUGGUGUUACUAUGUGGGAAAUUGCUACACGAGGCAUGACGCCGUACCCCGGAGUCCAGAACCAUGAGAUUUAUGACCACCUUGUUGAAGGACACAGACUGAAGCAGCCAACAGACUGUUUGGAUGAACUAUAUGAGAUCAUGUACAGCUGCUGGAGGGCCGAUCCGCUGGACCGACCUUUCUUUCCUCAACUGCGAGAAAUGUUGGAAAAGGUGGCAGAAAAGCUUCCAGAGUCCACCAGCAAAGAAGACAUCAUUUAUAUCAACACCAGCUUCCCUGAGGAGGACCCUGAUGGAGACACUCUUCCCGCGGAGCAUCUUGUGUCAAGUUCCUCUCCCUGCUGCAGCCGUCAGGCAGCAGAAAACACAGUAGUUACUGCGGACAUUCACGGGAGCCUGGAGGAGGAGGAGGAGGAGGAGGAUGAGGACAGUGAUCGAUACGUGGUGGUGAUCUCCUCUCCCACGGUGGACACUCCUCUCUUGUCGGCUGACGCUUUAAGUCAAGCGAACGGAGACACGAUUACAGAUGUGACAGCAACGGAUCACAGCUCAAGUGACACUUCUUUCCUGCUAUAACGAUUGGUACCCGGCAGAUAUAAACUGUGACAAAGCUCUCUCCAUGGUUCGUCUUGUACUAAUCGUUUUGCCUCGUCGCACUGGGAGCACCUUGAUGUUUCCUAUUGUGGACUUUCUGUAGUGUUUUUAUAGAGGUUUACGCUUUACACGGCCAGCCUACUUGUCAGUGUUAGGAAUAUUGUUCCAUAAGCUUAAGACACACUGAACUGUGAAACUGUUUACUGUAUUAAAGUCUGUGUUGCGAUGUAAAUAUAGAAAAUGUACAAAACAUUUAUAAAAUUCUAUUAUACUGUCAGAAUAAACAGUUUAUUGACUGCUUUGAAACUUGGUAGGGUUGAUUUCCGUCACACAUUCAUGAAAAAUCAUCAUGAUAUUUGGUGGAAAUUAUUAGGUAAAUAAAAGAGAUUAUUUAACAAAA